CUCAAAUCUUCCUCACAUCCCCCAAAGUAAACGUACUGUACAUCAUGACCCAACCUACGCGCAAGAUCGGUAGCACCGCCGUUGGCGAGAUUGGCUAUGGCGCCAUGGGCUUGGCCGCCUUCUACGCCAGCAAAAAGGCGCAAAACGAGUGCAACGAGAUCUUCAACCACCUCAUUUCCAAGGGCUGCACCCACAUUGACACGGCGGACAUUUACUCUUCGCGCCCCUCCAACGGCGAAGGCGAAGAGCAGAUUGGCGCAUUUUUCGCUUCCAACCCGGGCGCGAGGGAAAAAGUGUUCCUGGCCACCAAGCACACCUUCCUCAUCACGCCCAACGGGAUGGAAUUGAAGGCCGGCGUCGAGUACUGCGCAGAGGCCCUCGAGGCUUCGCUCAAGCGCCUCCAGACGGACCACGUCGACCUCUACUACUGCCACCGUGCCGUCGAGCCUGUCGAGGAGCAGGCAAAGGGCCUCAAGAACGCAAAGGACGCAGGAAAGACGCGCUACGUCGGUGUGAGCGAGUACAGUGUCGACCAGCUGGAGCGCUUUGAGAAGAUCUGCCACAUCGAUGCGCUCCAGAUCGAGCUCUCGCCAUGGACGCCCGAAGUUAUUUCCAACGGUGUGCUGGACUGGUGCAAGAAGAACGGUACGGCUCUCAUUGCCUACUCUCCCGUCGGAAGGGGCUUCCUCACGGGCGCAAUCAAGUCGCCCGAUGACCUUGCCGACGACGACUUCCGCAAGAACAAUGAGCGCUUCCAGGGCGACAACUUCACCAAGAAUCUCGAGCUCGUCGCCGACAUCAAGAAGAUUGCCGAUAAGAAGGGCGCAACGCCCGCGCAAAUCGCCCUUGCGUGGGUCUUGGCUCAGGGCGACAACGUCCACCCGAUCCCUGGCUCGACCAAGAUCAGGAACAUCGACGAGAACCUGGGCGCGUCCAACGUGAAGCUCUCCAAGAGCGACCUGGACGAAAUCAAUGGCGUCAUCAACUCCUUCAAGGUUGCGGGUGAUCGAUACAGCGGACCGAUGAAAGACAUCGUCCACUUUUGAACUCGCUGUGUCCAGUCUUGCUAUCCCUUGUAUAUCAAUUCUAAAG